AUGCGUCUCACCACCAGUGUCAUCGCUGGCUUCAUCGCCUUCAGUGCCGCUACGCCUGCCGGCCUGGCAGUCAAGCCAAGUUCCAUUGAGGACCCUGUCGAUGCUGUCCCAGCCCAACACACUCCCGUCGUGGACGGAAACUGGCACAUUGGCUGCGACAAGAACAACUACUGCUCCUACUACCAGGGAGGCGACGUGGCUGUUGGCAACACCAACUCAGUGUCUCCUCGUACCAUUGCUCUGUCGGAAGCCUCGUGCAAGCAGUGCUCAACUGAGGACCCUUGCGACCUUGCCGACGUCAUCCGCAAUCACACAGUGACAGCCACCAUCAGCACUUCUGUCGUCACUGUGACCGCCAUGCCUACUUCUGAGGCGUCGAUUUCCGACAUCACCACUACCGUCACGCUUGCUCGUACUGCCGGACCCCCGACGCAAACUGGACUGGCCCCUCGCGAUGAGCUAGUCUCCAACGAUGGCGAUGAUCAGUCACCUACUCGUCGCACUGCCUUCAAGCAGUCGGAAUGCUUCCCUUGCAAUGACCAAACUUGCCCAGUACGUUAA